GAGAUCAGCUGUGCUUCUCUGGCCUCAGCUCUGAAGUCCAACCCGUCCCAUCUGAGACACCUGGACCUGAGUGCAAACUGGAACCUGCAGGAUUCAGGAGUGAAGGAUCUGUGUGGUUUUCUGCAGAGUCCAGACUGUGGACUGGAGACUCUGAGGUUGAGGGGCUGCAGUUUGUCAGAGAUCAGCUGUGCUUCUCUGGCCUCAGCUCUGAAGUCCAACCCCUCCCAUCUGAGACACCUGGACCUGAGUGAAAACUGGAACCUGCAGGAUUCAGGAGUGAAGGAUCUGUGUGGUUUUCUGCAGAGUCCAGACUGUGGACUGGAGACUCUGAGGUUGAGUUACUGCAGGUUGUCAGAGAUCAGCUGUGCUUCUCUGGCCUCAGCUCUGAAGUCCAACCCCUCCCAUCUGAGACACCUGGACCUGAGUGUAAACAACCUGCAGGAUUCAGGCCUGAAGCAUCUGUGUGGUUUUCUGCAGAGUCCAGACUGUGGACUGGAGACUCUGAGGUUGAGGGGCUGCAGUUUGUCAGAGAUCAGCUGUGCUUCUCUGGCCUCAGCUCUGAAGUCCAACCCCUCCCAUCUGAGACACCUGGACCUGAGUGGAAAUGACCUGCAGGAUUCAGACCUGAAGCAUCUGUGUGGUUUUCUGCAGAGUCCAGACUGUGGACUGGAGACU